CCGCCCGCCCGCCCCUGCCCCAGCCGCCCCUGUCGCCCCCAGGCCAUCUCCGCCUUCCUGUCGGGCACCUUCCAGCGCCGGUUCCUGGGCGCCGGGCUGCUGUCGCUCUUCGUGGAGGUGAGCAACAUCUUCCUGACCAUCCGCAUGCUGCUGAAGCUCAGCAACGUCCCGGCGCCCGUCCUCUACCGCGUCAACAAGUACGUCAACCUGGUGAUGUACUUCCUCUUCCGCCUGGCGCCCCAGGCCUACCUGAGCUGGUGCUUCCUGCGCCACGUGGAGCAGCGCGGCCUGGGCGCCUUCCUCACCAUCAACCUCUGCCUGCUCAACGUCAUGAUCCUCACGUACUUCUCCCGCCUGCUGCGCUCCGACUUCUUCCCACACUGGCGCAAGCGCCCCGGGGCGGGCGGCGAGAAGAAGUUCCUCUCGGAGUGAGCGCUGCCGGGGCCGGCCGGGGGCUCGUACCCGUGUUCGCACCGACGUGCCUUGGGGCCGGGGCAGCCGCGGGCUGUGCCUUCGGGCCUCGCCGCCCUGCCCCACGUGCCCGCCGGCCUCCCUGCGGGGCUGGGCAGGCACGGAGGGUCUGCAUCCCGGGGC